UAGUCAGAUUAUACAGAUUGGUUGUUGGUGUAUAUAGCCAGCCGCCACAUAAACUUGACCUUAAUCAGUGAAGCAGACGAGAGAAGAGGAUAAGGAGAACAAAAAAAUUGCCGGCUUCAGUUGAAUUCAUCACCAUCAUCGCAUCAUGGCCAAGUUUGUUCUCCAGCCACUGGGGUCGACCACUGACAGCCCCUUGUUUCAAAGGAGGAGAAUACACAAUGAGAAUUUGGCUGCUCAAAAUGUGGACAAUAAGAAAAACGGUGGAGCCAUGUCUAUGUUAGCAAAUGGUGUAUGUGCAAGAUGUGGAGAAGGAUUCCAGUUAAAAGACCAGAUUGUCAACUCAAAUGAUCAAUCUUGGCAUCCAGAAUGCUUUGUGUGUGCCCAGUGUUUCCAGAGCUUUCCAGGAGGGAUUUUUUAUGAGUUUGAAGGCCGGAAAUACUGUGAACAUGAUUUCCAUGUUCUGUUUGCACCAUGUUGUCAAAAAUGUGGUGAAUUCAUUAUCGGCCGCGUGAUAAAGGCUAUGAACAACAGUUGGCACCCUGAAUGUUUCCGUUGUGAACUUUGUACUGGACCUCUUGCUGAUACAGGUUUCAUGAAACUUGCAGGAAGAGCUCUGUGUCGUGAAUGCCAUGCUAGAGAAAAAGCCAAAGGUCUUGGAAAAUACAUCUGCCAUAAAUGCCAUUCUAUUAUUGAAGAAGGCCACAUCAAGUUCAAGGAAGAAGCCUACCAUCCAUACCAUUUCAACUGCAAGAGUUGUGGUGUUGAACUAACUGCUGAUGCACGAGAGAAGAAUGGUGAGCUCUACUGUCUGCGGUGUUAUGACAAGAUGGGAAUACCAAUCUGUGGAGCCUGCAGACGACCAAUAGAAGAGAGAGUUAUAAAUGCUUUAGGUAAAUACUGGCAUGUUGAGCACUUUGUCUGUGCAAAGUGUGAGAAACCAUUUUUGGGCACCAGAUAUUAUGAGAAGAAGAAUAUGGCUUACUGUGAGAUACAUUAUCAUCAGCUAUUUGGAAAUAUUUGCUUUGUUUGUAACAAUAUUGUAGCUGGAGAUGCCUUUACUGCCUUUAACAAAGCCUGGUGCGUUAACCAUUUUGCUUGUUCUGUCUGUGACAGGAAGAUGAGCCAGAAAACCAAAUUCUUUGAAUUUGACAUGAAACCUGUCUGCAAGACAUGUUUUGAGAAAUUUCCUGGUGAAAUGAAACGCCGAUUGAAGAAGGCCUAUGAUGAACACACCAAAAAAUAACCUGGUCACCAUAGGAACUAAUAGUCUUGCUUCAGUGCCUCUUUCUCUCUUUCCAAUCUAUUCUCUAGAACAGUCUGCAAACAAUCUGUAGCCUUAUUCUCCAUUUGUUGUAAGAAUUUCAUUAACUCACCUGUCACCAAGGAGGGAAAAAAAAACAAAAACUGAACAGUGCCCCAAUAUGGUUAUAACCUCUGGUUGAAACUGUUUAUAGAAUGAUAGAAUAUAAAUUAAUGAGCAUAUGUCUAUUGCUCUUUACUAUUGUGACAGUUUAUUUUCUUUGUUGUUUACUGGGUGAAGCAUUUGUGUAUACAGAGAGGUCAGUAUCAUCCAGUGGAUGGUUAAAGAACUGAACUACUCACUGACUUAGAGGUGAUGAGUUCAAACCAUGACUGGGAUAUAUGAGUGUUGUAUUCUGGAGCUCAUAUCUCCCAGGUUUUAUAGCAUUUGGCCUGCAUGGAAAAUCACUUUCCCUGACCUAACCAACUCUUAUUUCCCUGGAUAGAAUAAGGUCAAUAGUCCAUCACAGAUUUUAAUGUAUUUAUCCACUGGAAUGUGAGCUGAAAAGAUUUGGUAGUGAUUAGGUUGGGCUAAUGUUAUAAGCCUGGCAGCAGUGCAGUUGAUGUGAAUGUCUCAAUUUGCUGAUUUUCAGGCCAAUGCAACCCACAAAAGAAAUAAUUUGGUCAACAAGAAAAAAAAUAGUUUAUAGUUCCGGCUGACAAACUGGCCAAGUCAUUAGAACAUAAGACAAAAAGUCUUAUUCCAGUUCUCUGCAUUCUGAGUUCAAAUGCUGUUGAGGUCAACUUCACAUUUCAUCCUUUAAGGAUCAACAAAAUAAAAAAAAAUCACUUGAGGGCUGUAGAUUAGUGGAAUCUACAGAGCAUCAGACAAAAUUUUUUGUGGUGUCUUUUCCAGUUCUUUGCAUUCUGAGUUUUUCAGUGGUUGACUUAAUUUGCUGCCUGGUUUAACACCACCACUUCGUCCUUGGGUACCUUUAGCAGAGUUCUCUGUUGCAAACACAUGUCAGGUCACUGGUUUGAGGAUACAUACCAUCCUUCCUCCUACCAGUCUCAGAGGCCCUGAUAAAUAAAUGGGUGAUGGAUAUUGCCUUUUUUUCCUCCACUUCACUAAGCCUUAAAAAUAAACCCCUACCUAAAUGCAACAAUGGAGAGUAGAAAAGAAAAACAAAGCACAAAAAAAACAGGUUUUCAGAGACUGUUUCUAGUAAAUAUCUAAGACAGAGAUAAGGGUUUCAAUAUUCAAAUUCUUUUUCCUAUAGACUUUUUAGUUUGACGUUACAAAUUCAUAAAACUGAAAUAUUUUCAUAAAUUAACCCUUUUGAUACCAACCCAUCUGAGACCAUCCUGGGUCCUAUGAUACAAACUUCCUGUUAAUUUAUGUUCCAAGCACCCUUGAUGCUGACAAAAUCAUUUUAUUAAAAUUUUCAUUUUUUUCAAAACUGAAACAAAGGCAGUGCAUUUCAGUUAGUAACAAAAGGGUUAAAAUUACAAUGGAUUAAAUCCUUUUUCUUUUUUCUGAAAUAGAAAUAUACUGGAAAAAGAAACUGCCCCCAAAAAAGAAAACUGGAAUUUUGAAAAUAACAAAAAUUUUCAGUUUGAAUUUCAAUUAAAAAUUGGAACUUUCUUUGGUUUUAAAAAAUGACAUUUCAGUUUUACCAAUUUUGAAUUUCAAAUUGAAAUAUUAUAAGAAAAAAAAUUGAAAUUCUUAUCUCUGAUCUCAACUUAUCCUGCUUCACUUUAUUUAUAAAUGUUUUUGUUUUUUUAAUUAGACAUCUAGAGUUAGUCUAAAUGCCUUAAAUAUAUCUAUUUUCUAUACAAAUCUAUAUUUUAUUCUUGCAAAUGGUUUAUUUUUUAAUAAGUCUUUGUCAUUCAGACCCUUCACUUUCUCUAUAUUUCUCACACAAAAAUAUUGCAUGUUUUUGCUAUUAUCUUCUUUCCAAUAUUAUCUGCCUACACACUUCAGAAUAGAUUUUUAAAGAAAUUACCUUUUUGCUCCAGAUUUUUAUUUUUUAUUUAUAAUUUUUUUUUUAUUAAAUAUAUUUUAACCCUCUUUGAUACCAGAGAGUGCUUCAGAGGAGUGAAGAUGACAUCACUUUCAAUGGCAUUGAGUAAAUUUGAAGGGCACCUCUCCUUUGAAUACAACACUAUCAGAUACAGUGUCAGAAGGCCCGUAUUAAUUGUGGACACACAGUCCUUUUCUUGUGACUAAACAAUACAUUAAAAACAAAAAUGAGAAAUUAUACAGUGAUCCUGCUGCUUACAGUAUACCUCCUCAUGAUACCAAUUUACUGUUAGGUGGACUGAGCUGUUGAGUAGUGAGUGUCUUACUUGCUGAACAAAUGGUGGGACAUGAAUUGGCAAUCUUUUGGUUAGUGGAGGCAGUAUCUCUGCUGAUGUUGCUUCAGAAAUACAAGUCCCCUUAUUUAUAAUGUCCAUAUAAUAGCUUUACAGUUUAGGGCUUUCUCAAGAAGAAAUCCUGUGAUGGUAGCAUGCUUCGACCUGAGAUUGUGUAUUGAAACUGAAACAGUAACAUUGUAGAAGAAUCAUGUUAGCCAUUUAAGAACACACAUGCUUUUUACAUUCACCUUUGAUUUAUCUUAUGUUGCUGGUGCAGUACUUAGGCCUUUGGUAAUAGUUUACUUUAUAAACACUGUCUUCUUGCACAGUUAAAGAAGCUUCACCCAAUCAGUUGAUUAAAUCACAUCAUCAUCAUUUUAACAAUCACUUUUCCAUGCUUGCAUGGGUCAGAUGGAAUUCAGUGAAGGCAGGUUCUCUAUGGCUUGGUGCCCCUCCUGUUACCAUAAAUAUAUUCUGUAUAAAAACAAGGUAUUAAUAUUUAUUACAUAUAGCAUUGGCUAAAAUGUAUAUGUUCUGAAGUACCUAAUUGCGUUGAAGCAAAAUGUUGUAAUUGCACACCAAUAACUUAUUAAUUAAACUAGCUGCCAAAUGCAUAAUAAUAUGCAAAUCAGUGUAUAUGAUUUACUUAAGCAUGUCUUUGAAGAUAAUUAUAGAGGAUAUUCAGUUGCUGAGGAAAUAUCAACACUUGACUGAAACUGGUCUAGUUUAUCUCUUUUUCUUUCUGUUCCUGAAGAUGUAUAAAGAUCAGGUGUUUACAUCUGUCUGUCACAUAUACAAGGUGUCCUAAAAGUCCCUAUAUACUUUCUUUUUUCUAUUUUCUUUCAGAUAUCAUUCAGAGAAACAUGAGGCCGUCAGCAUUUGACACCUUAGACUUUGAAGUUUUUGCAAGUGUAUCAUUCCCUUGCCCAUGGCUCACCAAUUGACGUUAGAGCAGUGCUGCAAAAUUGCUGCCUGGCAAGAGGUUUUUCAGUCCCCUACUGCAAUUCAUCGCAAGUUUGAGAAGGUUUAUGGCCAUCACACUGCUCCAACGCAUAGCACAAUUUAUGCUGUCCAAAGCAAGUUUCUCGAAAGAGGAUUUGUUCUUGACAAACCACACAGCAGAUGGCCUGCUACUACCACCAUUGAUGAAAACACCAAACUCCUAAAGUAGGUGUUUGUGAAAAGCCAGAGGACUGCACUUGAACUUAGCAUCAACAAAAGCUUGAUUCAGCGGAUACUUUGGUGAGUGAUAAAGCUCUACCCGUACUAACGUCAGGUUGUUCAAAGGCUUCAAGUGGAAGAUUAUGAUGCCCAUGUGGAAAUGUGUGAAUCACUCCUCUAGCUUUACCAAAAUGAUUCUUAGUUCUUGGAAAACUUAUGGUUCAACGAUGAGCCUAUCUUUCAUCUCUCUGGUCGGGUAAACUGACACAGUUGUUGAAUUUGAGGAAAAUCAAAACCAGCAGAAAUUCUCGAACAUGAACAAGACUCUCCAAAGCUGGUGGUAUAGUGUGCCAUGGGGCACGGGAAUGAUACACUUACAGAAACUGCAAAGGUGUCAUGCUGAUGGUUUCAUGUUUCUCUGAAGGAUACCUGAAAUGAAAUAGAAAACAGAAAGUGUAUAGUGACUUUUGGGACACCCUGUAGUUUUGAUUAAAAUCUAUACAUAUACUUUGUAGUAAAUAAGUAUUUUGUGAUAAUAUUGUAUAUGAUAAAGUGUAGAAAUAUUGCAUCAUGGAUCUACAAACUAAUCACUGGUACAGCAUCAUUGUAUCUCUGAAAGUAUGUCAGUAGUCAGGCUGUAGAGGAAUGAUGAAAUUUUCUGAUAUUUUACCAUUAUACAAGAUAAAAAAAA